AUGGAAGUUUUACAAAACGCAGCACCGCGCCUCUACCCCGUGGACAAGAGUCGAGUGGGUGUUCACUUCAAGCCAUUAACCUCCUCCACUCGCGAACCAAUCACUGCUGCCGAAGUCUUUGAGCACAUUCGCGACAUUCGAGAUCCGGAGCAUCCUUACACUCUGGAGGCACUUGGCGUGGUAAGGAAGGAGGAGAUUGCUGUGGAUGAUGUCGGGUCUAGCGUCAGUGUCCGGUUCACACCCACCAUUCCGCACUGCAGCAUGGCUACCCUCAUUGGCCUUUCAAUCAAGGUCAAGCUGCUGCGAUCGCUGCCACGCCGAUUCAGGAUCCGUGUGGUAAUAGCGUCAGGUAUGCACGAAUCGGAGGUGGAUAUCAACAAACAACUGGCCGACAAGGAGCGUGUUGCUGCUGCUAUGGAGAACCCCGCCCUUGCUCGAUCUGUGAAUCAGUGUAUUGCGCCUUAA